AUAUGAUGUGAUAUCUUCUCCUCGUGCGCCAAUGAAAUCAAAACAAGGUUACAGUAACAGUGCUCGGUGUCCGUGACUCCACGCCCAGCCGGAGCAGCUCUCUCUUCUCGUAACGGAAAACUGCCAUAUAGGAACAGAAAGAGAGAAACACUGAUGCUGGGCCGCCCUGCUGUCAGUACAACUGCGCGCACACACGCACACAGAAGAGAAGAGAAAGAAAGAGCGCGCGGAGAACAGCGCGUGUGGAGAGCGGCUGGUGAGUGAGAUUUAAAGGGCUUCUCCAGGCAACCGGCCGGUCAGGAGCACAGCUACACUGGGACCGUGUUACAGGAAAUAUCCGGUGCAUCAUUCCAACAUUGAGCUCCGGUAUGGACUAGCGGCUUUAUUCAUACAGCAGCGCGCGGCGGAGCGUCUGUUUGUCGGUAACAUGCCGCAGGCUUCCUAAAAGCAGACCUCGCCGUUCAGUCCGGGUUGUUUUUGUUCUCGUGGAUUAAACUUGUGUCCGGGAUGGGGAAGGAGCAGGAGCUGCUGGAGGCUGCGCGGACCGGGAAUGUGGGGCUGGUGGAGAAGCUGUUGAGUGGGAAGAAAGGAUUGCUGGGAUCGGGCUCGGGCUCCAUACCUCUGCCUGGGUUACUCAGUAUGUGGAGAGGCGUCAAUGUGAACUGUGCCGACAGCUCAGGAUACACACCCCUGCACCACGCGUCUCUGAACGGACACAGGGACGUGGUGUUGAAGUUGUUGCAGUUUGAAGCCUCUACUAAUGUGGCCGACAGUAAGGGCUGUUUUCCUCUGCAUCUGGCCGCAUGGAGAGGUGACGUGGACAUAGUCCAGAUACUGAUCCACCACGGGCCGUCCCACAGCAGAGUUAAUGAGCAG